AGACAGGCACAGGUUAUUGCGAAAUUGCACAAGACGACGACGAACACCUCGAGCGGUUACCUUGAUCAAAAUCACGAGAGAAAAUCCCGAGAGGACCUGCUCGUACAUUCAUUCUGAUACCUGAAAACACUAAACCGACGAAAUGCGCUUCUUCGCCUCCCUCCCGCUGGUCCUCCUGACCCUCAUCAGCUCGGCCCAGGCCCAGUUUGGCUUCUUCGACCAGAUGUUUGGCGGUCAGCAGCAGCAACAGCAGCCCCAAAAUGUCCCGAGCGACUCAUCACAAUACCAGCAACGAUACGACGGAUCCUACUGCGAACACUACCUCUGCCCCGAUACUCUCGCUUGCGUCCACUUCCCCCACCAUUGCCCUUGCCCGUGGCCCGCGAACCAGGACAAAUUCGAGCUCUCAGACGGCAACCGGAUCUGCGUUUCGAGAGGUGGCUUUGCUGCAGGCGAGGCGGCGAGGAAGAUUGAGUUGGCGCGCAAGGGUCUUUUGUAAGCAAUCAUGUUGCAGAGAUAGCAGGACGAAUAGGCAUUGCGAGGCGCAUAUACGUAUCAUGACUCUUCCAUGAUACUUUUUUCUGGUUUCCUCUUCCCAUGGACCACAAUGAUGGAUAUCAUGAGACAGACAAGAGUUGAUAGGACAAU